AUGAGCCCCAAAAAUGUCGUCUUCAAGAAGGUCUGCAAGGACAAGUCUGUGACGGUGUACAUGGGUAAGCGGGACUUUGUGGACCGCGUGGACUCGGUGGACCCUGUGGAUGGCGUCAUCGCUGUGGACACUGAGGCGCUGCAGGGGAGGAAAGUGUUCGUCACCCUGUCCUGCGUGUUUCGGUACGGCCGCGACGACAUGGACGUGAUGGGGAUCGCGUUCCGACGGGAGCUGUACCUGUCGACGCGGCAGGUGUACCCCCCUCUGCAGGACAGGGACAAGGCUGUGCACACCAAGACCCAGGCCAAGCUACUGCGCAAGCUCGGAGACAACGCCUACCCGUUCUUCUUCGAGUUUCCAGACAACCUGCCCUGCUCCGUGGCCAUGCAGCCGGCGCCCUCUGAUAUUGGGAAGCAAUGCGCCGUGGAGUUUGAAAUCAAAGCCUUCAGCGCAGAAAAACAGGACGACAAGAUCAAGAAAAGGAGCUCGGUGCGUCUGAUGGUGAGGAAGGUGCAGUACGCUCCGGAGAGCCAGGGCCCCGCUCCGUGUGUGGAGACCACGCGUGAGUUCACCAUGUCCGAGCGUCCGCUGCAGGUCAAGGCCAGUCUGGACAAAGAGGUCUACUACCACGGAGAGCCCAUCAAAGUUCACCUGCAGGUCACCAACAACUCCAGCAAGAACAUCAAGAACAUCAUAGUGUCCGUGGACCAGGUGGCCAACGUGGUGCUCUACUCCAACGACAGCUACACAAAGUCUGUGGACAUCGAGGAGUCUGGGACUUCAUUGGGACUAAAUCAUGAUUCUUUGUGUCUUUUCAAACUGCUGCUCUUCUGUUUUGCUGCUGCAGUGAAGGAGAGUGAGCUGGAGGAGGAGCUCGUCUUCCAGGAGUUCAAGCGCUCCUACCUGAAGGGCAUGCUGGGAGACGACGACGAAGACGAGGAGGGCAACGUGUCCGGAGGAGACGACAUGGCGCCCAAAGAGAAGUGACCCGGCGGCGACUCCACAGCACCCAGCACCCAGCACCCGCCCUUAUAAAGGACUUCC